AUGGGCAGCCGGCCCCGCAGCCCCAGCGCCUCCCCUGCGGACCGGUGGGGACCGCAUCCCGGAGGACCAGGCCCUGCCAAGCGCCGGCGAAUGGAGGAGCCCGCGGGCCACGAGUUCGAGGAGGCGUCCGGCCCGGACAACGUGACAGGAACCCCGGCCACAGGCGCACUCACCUCCCUGGUGGUUCUGGCCGACGGCUGUGCCCUGCACGUGCCCCUGGACGACGUCGACCUGCUGCUGGAGCCCGAGCCAACGUCCGUGACGCAGGUGUCUCUCGGAGAUCGCAUCCUCAUGCUGGUCCCUCGAUCUCUCCUGGGCUCUGGCAUUGAAAUCCUGGGAGGGCAGGGCCACUCAGCUCUUGUCCUGGAACAGGGCGGUUUCCCGAGCGGUCUCAAGGAGUGCAUCGCCCUCGAGCAGGGAUUCUUCUAUGGAUCUGUCCCAGAGAUCGCUGGCCAAGAAGAGGUCUACGGGGCGGACGCAGAUGCCGAGUUCCUUUUGGCUGGGAUGGAUGCAGCAGCCAGCUCAGUUACUGGGCUCCUCCUCUCCGCUGGAAGGGCGUCCGACCCCAAACUGUUGGGCCUAGUCCCAGAGCCCUCGCCUUGGGGCCCCAACACUAGUCCAGAGAGAGGCUCUCCUCACCACGACGACAACCUGGACCUCCACCUUCCGGAGCCCUUCCCCGACUCACCACUCCAACCUCUACCUCCCUCUCCUUGUCCAGGUCCUCACGAGCGCCCCCAACGCCCGCUUGGUACUCCGUGCAAAGCCUAG